AUGGCUUCGAGCUCUGGUCUGACGCGCCGGAGAGGAGGCGGCGGUGGCGCCACAGGCAACGGCGAAGACGAGAGCAGCCGGGUCAGUUCGCCAGCACCAAAGCGCAUCGACGAUCGCACCCCCGAAACGUCCUACGAGAGCUCGGAGAAUGGGCACAAGAUUGCAUUCGACCCGCGCGACAUUAGCGAGAAUGUGGAAAGAAGCAAACAGCCCAAGCUGACGCUGAUGGAGGAAAUUAUCCUCAUGGGGCUCAAGGACAAGCAGGGAUACCUUUCCUUCUGGAACGACAACAUUUCGUAUGCGUUGCGAGGAUGCAUCGUCAUAGAAUUGGCAUUCCGAGGCCGGGUGAGCAUGCAAAAGGACUCAUCGCGACGACGGUUCCCGCUUGCAGACCGGGUUAUUGAGGUGAUUGACGACACGUUGACGGGCGAGGUCCUGUUGGACGAAGCCCUCAAGAUGAUGAAGUCAAGCGAGAAGAUGAGUGUCAACUCAUGGAUUGAUCUCAUGAGCGGAGAGACAUGGAAUCUGAUGAAGAUUGGCUACCAAUUGAAGCAAGUACGCGAGCGACUAUGUAAAGGGCUUGUGGACAAGGGCAUUCUGCGCACGGAAAAGAAGAACUUCCUGCUCUUCGACAUGGCCACACAUCCCGUCGCCGACGGCGGCGCAAAAGAGGAGAUUCGACGCCGGGUCCGCAACGUUCUUACCAACCGCACCGUCGUCUUGCCAGGUAGCCAAUUCCUUCCCGAAGAACUGGAGUUUAGGGUUUUGCGAACAAUCACCAUGGUCUGUGCAGCUUAUGCAGCAAACGUGCUCGAGAACGCCUUGACGACGCUGGGACAUGAGGCUCGGGAGCGAGCAUUUGCCCAGGUGGACGAGCUCUUGGCAGAAUACUCGCAGUGGCCUUUUGCAAAGCGGCAGGGCGGGUCACAGGGUAUAGGUGCCAACUUGGGCCAACUUGUCACGGACGAGGUGAAUGGGUCCAAGGAUAAGGAGCUUCAGCUCGAGGUGGUUGCUGCGUGUUUGAGUGUUUUCACGAGGCUCGACUCACUACUCUGA